AUGAUUCCCAACACCAUCGCCAAGAAGUGCUCCUUGGUCCGUGGCAUGGGUGCUGCCCAUCGCCUAGCCUGCACCCCCUACCAGUCUGCCGCCCAGGCGAUGGCCACAUACCCUACCUCAAAGUCGGCAUCGUCAAGCCAGGAGGUCAUCGCACGGGUCAAGGACUUUGCAGUCAAUGCCGCCGAGGAGACAUACUCAGCGGCGAUGCUGCAAUCUUCGGCACCCUUCGGCGCCACAGCUCGGAGCGCUCCGUCUCUGGCUCCUCGCUCUGGGCUCGCCAUGGGGCGAUGCUCAGUGCGAGCGUCGACAUCGCCUCGCAGUGUCCUCGGGGCCACGCGGGGCAUGAAAAUUGCCACCGCGCGUCCCGUCAACGAUGGAAAGCAGGUUGACAUCGAGUUUGCAGAUGAGAGUGCUUACAGAUUCCACACUGCGUGGAUCAAGGACUCCCACCCCAGUCUCAUCGGCAGCGACUUCUACCGCAAGUCGGCGCAAACCCUCUUCGAAAGCGACCAGUACACCGUCGACACGGCCGCGCCAAGCUCCGACGGCUCCAAGUUGCAGGUCCACUUCAAGAAUGGAAUCCCCGGGAAUGCGGUGACCGAGGAGUAUGUGUCAACCUGGCUCCACGCCUUUGCCCCCUAUGUGGGACAGCCCCUGACUGACUCCAAGGCGGCUCGGAGCUCAAAUGCUGGGCUUCCCGGCACCGGCUCCUUGUUGGAAGACCUCUACCGCAAGCGAAAGCCCUGGGACAGCACUCUGGACAUGCCCCGCUUCGAUGGCCAGCAGAUGCUCAAGGACGAAGAUAUGCAGAUUGAGUUCCUUGAGAGAAUGAUGGAUCCCGGAGUGGCUCUCGUUGAGAACAUUGGGAAGCCCGACAGCUUCGACCAUGUCGACUGUGGGAAGCCUCUAGAGGACUUCGUCGCCCAAGUUGUCGGCCGGCUAAACCAGCAUCCCGUUCGGGCUACCCGAUUUGGCGUGAUCCACACUCAAGCUCGUGGGGAGCAGGCGGGCGCGGACUACGACCACAAGAAUCCGCUCUCAAUGCACACAGACCACUCCGUCUACCAUGGCACUCCUGGGUACCUCCAGUUUAUGUACCAGGCGAGAGGGUCGGUGAGAUCGAAGGUGGUGGAUGGCCUCAUGGUCGCCGAAUACCUUCGCAAGAACCACCCAGAAGACUACGAGCUGCUGACGAAGGUCAACCUCACUCACAGCAGCAGGAACAACAUCUAUGCAAAGAGCGGAGUGUACCGCCGUGAUGCCCGAGACGCCAACGACGCCGAGGGCUUCACCUUCGAGCUGGUGCACACUCACCCAGUGCUGACCUUGGACAAGGAUGGCCUCCUCGAGAAAGUCGUCCAGUCUGAGACAAAGCGAGGUGUGUCUGCACUGCCAUAUGAUGUCUAUGACAGAUACAUGCAGGCCUACAAGAGGUGGACGGCUUUGCUGGAAGAGGCCAGGUUCAAACGUAGCUUCGACUGGCCCGAGCACUCCAUGAUCGUGAUGAACAACUGGCGCAUUCUCCACAGCCGCGCAGAGGUGGAUCCCGGUGUCCAGCGGACGAUGGUCUUCGCCUAUGUCAUGAAGACCAUCUACGAGAAUCGCCAUCGUCUGCUGAAGCAACGACAGGCAGAGAGAAAGAACCCCGAGAUCAAUGACAAGUGGCUCUGCCGACUGCCGAAUCAGAUCCUUUCCUCGCUGGUCAACUGA